AUGCCUGAUGGAAUAACCAAUUUUGCCAAAAGAAGACUUAGUCGAAAGGCAAUUCUUCUUGUUCUUGAUGAUGUCAAUGAUCCAGACCAAUUGCAAGAUUUAUGUGGAAGAGGGUUUGAGUGGUUUGGACCAACUACUAGAAUUAUAGUAACAACUAGGGAUAAGCAUGUAUUACUUGUUAAACAAGUUGAUCACAUACAUGAGGUUAAGCCAUUGAAUGACGAUGAAUCUCUCAAGCUUUUUAAUUUGAAUGCCUUCAAACAAAACUAUGACAUUGAAAGAGACCAAGAUCAUGCUGAGCUGGCCAUGAAGCUGGUUAAUUAUGCUAAUGGCAUUCCAUUGGCUUUGAAAGUUUUGGGCUCCUCUCUUCAUGGAAGAAGCAAAGAAGAGUGGGAAAGUCAACUCUCUAAACUCGAGAAAAUGCCUCACGUAAAAAUUCAGAAUAUAUUGAGAGUGAGUUACAAUGAGUUGGAUCGUCAUGAUCAAAAUAUUUUUUUGUACAUUGCAUGUUUCUUUGAAACAGAUAAUGCAGAACAGAUAAAAUGUCUACUUGAUUCUUGUGGAUAUUCAACAGCUAUCGGGUUGAGAAAUCUUCAUGAUAAAGCUCUUAUUUCCAUUGCACCAAAAAGUAUGGCAAUGCAUGAUUUGAUUCGUGACAUGGGCCGCGAAGUUGUUCGCGAAGAAUCUCCGAAUAAUCCUGGAAAUCGUAGUAGAUUAUGGGAUCCCAUUGACAUCUAUGAAGUAUUGAAAUAUAACAGGGGAACUGAAACUGUUGAAAGCAUAACAUUCGACAUGAAAAACAUCGACAUGUAUUUGAGUUUGCAUCCCCGGGCAUUUGCAAGAAUGUACAAGUUGAAGUUUUUGAGAAUCAACGAGUUGAGACUUUUGGAAUGGAAUGCGUGUCCUUUGAAAUCUUUGCCAUCAUCUUUUUGUGCUGAAAACCUUGUUAAACUUAUGAUGAUGGAUAGCGGGUUAGAAAAGCUUUGGGAUGAUGUCAGGAAGCUAAUGGAGCUGCCGGAUUUAUCUAGAGCCUUAAAGCUUCAAGUAUUAAACAUUUAUGAGUGUGUGAGUCUGCGCCAAGUUCCCUCAUCUAUUGCAUCAUGCCACAAUCUACUUGAGCUCAACUUAAGUAGAUGUUACGAACUUGGCAGUUUCCAUCACUGCAUCUAUCUAGAAUCUCUCAAAAUACUCUUCCUUGACAGCUGCAUAAAUCUCAGAGAGUUCUCAUUAUUAUUGCCCACUGACAGUGACACAUUGCCAGCCACAGCCACAGCCGCAAUGGCACUUGAAAAUAUAAGUUUGGUUGAUUGUUGUAAUCUUUCUCUGCUGCCACACAACAUAGGCAUGCUCUCAUCAUUGAAGUACUUGUCACUUUGUCGGAGCAACAUAACUUGCUUGCCCGAAAGCAUCAAGCAUCUGUCACUGCUCAAAUCACUCAACUUGAGGGGUUGUGAGAUGCUUCAGUCCUUGCCGGAACUUCCAUCUUCUAUUGCAGAAUUAGAUGUUAUUGACUGCACCUCAUUAGAGACUACUACUCCAUCUACAUUUGCCUACUCCGACGAGCAGAUUGAGACCGAAAUCUUUGCUUUUGCCAACUGCAUAAAGUUAGACCAUCUUACAAAGAAAGGGAUUGUGGAAGAUGCGUGUAUGAGAAUAAAGAGAGCAGCGAAUACUUGUCUAGCAGCAAUAAAAGAGAACGAGGACGAUGAUAGAAGAGCAUUACUUGUUAAUCCACACUAUCACUACAAGGUUCAGGGUUGCUUGCGAGAGAACGAGAUUGAGAACGAGGAUGGAAGAUAA